UCACAAACCAAUUUUUUAAUGAAACCAAGUUACUGGAUUGUGGCAUGUUUGGUCUUCUAUAUGUACAGGCAGGAUGAUGAAAAAAGAAAAGCUUCAGGGUUGAAUAAGCUCAAACACAAACCCACUAGUGGUGGAAAAUCUAACAACGGAACUGAAGAAACCAGUAAGCACAUGAGCGAAAUGAGAUGGAAACCAGCUGAAUGUAAUUGACUGACUGGCGACAGCUGUCAGAGGAACGGAAAACUUUGGGGACAUGUACUUACUUUAAGAAUAGGUAAACAAGAUUAACAGUACAAGGCUAAAACCAGCAUGAAAGACUUCACAAAAACAAAGCAUGACACUGCGUGGCUCUCUGCUUCAUUGUCCUCCUUAUCUCAGCAGCUGGGAGGAGUGAAAUGGAUUUUCUGAGAAAUCCUCAGUAUUGAUUCAACUCUUGGUUGGCAGGUCGGUCCCGUGGAAAACAACCUGACUUCUGAUCAAUUCCCCUUUUGCUGAUUUAGCCACAGAACUUCCUGGUUUUGUUGGAACAUUUUGUUGGCCAGAAUCACGUGAUGUCUCGAAAGCGAUACCAGUUUUAUUUCGAUUUAAAGUAACUUCAUUUCAUUGGUGUUUUGCGUUGAGUAUCAUUCUACACGGGAGGACAUGAAAGGCGACCAGGACACCAAGGAGACUAGUCCGGAUUUGGGUAAAGAUGUUCGGAUCCAGGCUGACAUCCCAAACGGGGAGUGCGGCUCGGCGCCCCCGACGCACCUCUACAAGAGGCGCUGGGUGAUUGUGCUCCUGUUCAGCGCUUAUUCCCUGAGCAACGCUUACCAGUGGAUCCAGUACGGAAUCAUCAGCAACAUCAUCAUGAAGUUCUACAACGUGGACGGCUUCGCUGCAGACUGGCUGUCCAUGAUCUACAUGCUCGCGUACAUCCCCUUCAUAUUCCCGGUUACCUGGCUGCUGGAGAAGUAUGGACUGCGGUGCACUGCGCUGGUGGCCAACGCGCUCAACUGCGCAGGGACGUGGAUAAAGGUGGCCAGCGCACGACCUGACCUGUUCUGGGUGACCCUGCUCGGACAGUCUGCCAGCGCCCUGGCUCAGGUCUUUAUCCUCGGGAUCCCCUCCAACCUGGCCUCAGUCUGGUUCGGGGCAAAUGAGGUUUCCACCGCCUGCUCCAUUGGAGUUUUUGGGAAUCAGUUGGGUAUUGCCAUUGGGUUUCUGGUCCCACCCAUGCUUGUUCCUAAUGUAAAGGAUGUAGACGAGUUGGCGUAUCACAUCAGAUUCAUGUUCUACAUCAGUGCUGGUGUGGCCACCUUCAUCUUUGUACUUGUGGUCAUCGUGUUUCAGGAGAGACCAGAGGUCCCACCAACCCAGUCCCAGGCUCAAGCCAGGAUUUCCCGCUCCAGUGAUUACUCUUACAUGGCCUCCAUCUGGAGGCUGCUGUGCAACAAAGCCUUCAUGUUACUUGUAAUCAGCUAUGGGUUGAAUGUUGGCAGUUUCUACGCCAUUUCCACACUUUUAAACCGAAUGAUAAUUGAUCUCUACCCUGGUGAAGAGUUGAACGCUGGGAGGAUCGGUUUAACCAUUGUCAUUGCUGGAAUGGCAGGAUCUCUCAUCUGUGGCCUUUGGCUUGACAAGACCAAGACCUACAAACAAACCACCCUGGUGGUGUAUAUUCUCUCUCUGGUUGGAAUGCUGGUUUACACCUUCACCCUGAACCUGGGGCACCUCUGGGUGGUGUUCAUCACCGCUGGAGUUCUAGGCUUCUUCAUGACUGGGUAUCUCCCUCUUGGAUUUGAGUUCGCAGUGGAGCUCACCUUCCCAGAAUCGGAGGGAACCUCAUCGGGUCUGCUCAACUUUUCAGCUCAGAUAUUUGGAAUCGUUUUCACCAUUGGACAAGGAAAGAUUAUCGAUAAAUGGGGAACUUUACCUGGAAAUGUAUUUCUGUGUAUUUUUUUGCUAAUAGGAACAGUAAUGACAGGAUUCAUCAAAUCUGAUCUCCGGCGGCAGAAGACCAAUAAACAGGCUGAGGUGCAGCAACUGAGUCCUACAGAGACCAAGACAUCAGUCCGAGACUACGGGGCCACAGCAGGCAACAGGAGUCAUGACAUUACCUCACAACGUCACAAAAAUCUAUAUGGAUGUGACAACAAGAAGAUGGCCACUGAUAUUCAAGAAGGUAUCCUGAAAGAGAGGAAGUUCUAAGGUGAAAUGAUGUCUCCUCAGCAAACCCCAAAGAGAAGAAACAAAGUCUUAAGGGACAUGGCGGCAUGUGUAAACAUGCCAAAAUAACUACAAUGCAACAUGCUGCUAUGACUAGUGAGUAUAUGGAGACUCUGUGACCAUGAUGGACGUCCAUCUUUGAUUCUUUAGUAAUAAGAACUGCUGCUCCUUUUUUUACUGUACUGAGAUGCAACAAAAAAUCACAUUAGUAUUUAAAAUGCAAUUUCUAAAUCAACCUUUAUACAUGUUUUAAAUGCACUUUCAGAAAAUGCAACACUUGCAGUUGAGACAGCCUCUAAUUUUCUGACUCAAAUCUGUUAACAUUCCAACGGGUUUUUUAGUAACAGAUUUUCAUGACUUUUUGAUAAUAUUAAUUUAAAGAGUAAUAUUGAGUGUUUCCUGAUACUUGUGCUGAACUUAAGUAUUUACUCUGGUGAAGGUACCUAUUGACUUCUGUGUUUUGUCAGAGUGAUCUUAAAUGCAGACCAUAACUGGGACGUCCUUUCUUUACAUUGAAUAAGGUUCAUAUAUCACCCGUUUGCCAUUAAAGGAUCACCUGGUUGGUAUUCUGCCAAGUAUAAAUACUGAUUGAUGCCGUGCAUCAAAGUACACUCACAGAGGUCAGUUUUCUCCUCAUUUUACAAGAAUAUGUCUGAAUCGUUUUUCUAAAAAUAUCUAGAAGAUGAAGAAUUUUGGCACAAAACAAAAUGGAUGAAAAAAGAAAAUAUGCCAUUUUGCACACAAAUGUCUUCACUGCAUAUUUUUUCCAGAACAGAACAUGUAUAUGUAAUAUUUUAAGGUUGUGUGAACGGAGUUGGCACUGAUUUCCGGUACAAUUUUUUUUUCUAGAAAUUAAUGUCGAAUUUCAACUUGAAUGUAUGACAUUUUAUACAGCAGUUGGACUGUCAUUAUGAAACUUUAAAAACUAGGCUGCAUAAAGGAGCCUGGCUGGGUGAAUAGACGGUUGAAUGAUGGAAAGAGAAAUGAAUGAAUGAAAAGAUGGGUGGAUGAAUAUUGAGUAGAGAGGAAUGGAUUGAUACUGAUCAAUGGAUGGUGGGUACAUAAAUGGACUGAUGGGUUUAUUGAUUGAUGAAUUUGUACUAAUUUCUGAAAAUAGAAUAUCAAAUAGUGUGGAAAUGACUUUUAUUUCCUUUGUCCAUGUUUGUGGAAAAUUCAUACAUUCCAUUUUUUUGUGUUGGAAUAUUAGAUGAUUUCCACAUUUAAUCAGAUCAUUCUGUAGCUGUGAGAAAGUCAUUGUAGAACUAUGUACUGUAACACUGCCAAACAUUGACUACAAGUUUUUAGGGCUUUUGUACGUUGCACAUUUAUAUUGGUGAUAAUAAAUAUUUCUGGGCUGCUGUAA